GGGGACCUACAUGUGGCAGGUACCAGACAGGCAGGCAGGACUGAGGACCUGGAGAGUGAAUCCAAGAGUGAAUUGACAGGAUGACUUUGGAAGGACGAAGUGAGAGAUUCAGCUCCAUCGUGGCAGCUGUGAAGCUAGUCCCGGGUGAUAUUGCAAAACGGCUGGAGGAGAUGGUCUUGCUGACAGCUCAAAACCUGCCCCAGGUGGAAGUGACCAGUAGUUACACCAUCCUCCGGGAACUGGGCAGCGGCUCUUACGGACAUGUCUUGAUGGCAGUUCACCAACGCCAAGGGACCCCCAUGGCACUGAAAUUUGUCCAUAAAAAAGACACUGAACUGCAAGAUUUCCUGAGCGAGUACUGCAUUGCGCUGACCCUGGGAGCUCAUCCCUGCAUUGCCACAGCCCUUGGCAUAGCCUUCCAGACCCCACAGCACUAUGUCUUUGCACAGGAGCUGGCCUUGGCCAAUGACUUCUUCUCACUCAUGGUGCCGCAGGUUGGUGUGCCUGAGCAGCGGGUCAAACGCUGUGCCCUUCAGCUGGCAAGUGCCUUAGAGUACAUGGAGACCAAGGGGUUGGUCCACCGUGAUGUCAAGCCAGAGAAUGUGCUGCUGUGCGAUCCUGAGUGUCGGCGCAUCAAGCUGACUGACUUUGGGCUAAGCUGCCCAUGUGGCCACCUCAUCGAGGCUUUGCCAGAGAGUUUGCCUUACACAGCGCCUGAGUUGUGUGUCCUUGGCCCCGAGGCUCGCCUGGAGGCCCAGCCCAGCCUUGACACGUGGGCCCUGGGAGUGCUUCUCUUUUGUGUGCUCACUGGCUACUUCCCCUGGCUCACAGCCAUGCCUGCUGAUCGGCACUACCGUGCUUUUGCCUGCUGGCGCCGCAGCCCUCGCUUUGCCCCACGGCCGCCCCAUUGGGAGCACUUCACACCCCAGGCACUGGAGAUGCUGAUGGGCCUGUUGACACCCAACCCUGCUCACCGUAGCCCUGCCAAGGAGGUGAUGAAAUAUAUCAAAGCUCCUUGGUUGCUGCCAGAGACUCAGAGCCGGACCUGGCCCAGUAGGGACCAUCUUUUGGGCACUAGUCGGCGGUGCUGAAAAAUGAGGCCAGCUGGGCAGAGAAGGAAAGGGCUGACAGUCAUCCUUUUGCUGUAAUCACUGAGGGACCAAAGACACCCAUCACCAACU